AUGGGUUCCCAGGUUCGUGGUCUGGAGAGAACAGAAGCCGAGACCAGGCCGGAGUGCCUAUCCUCAAUCAAUAUGGGGUCCCAGGUGCGCGGUCUCAACUUGAAGAGGAUGGAGGCGGGAACCAGGCCGGAGCACUUCUCCUCAACCAAUAUCGGGUCCGAGGUGCGUGGUCCCAACUCGAACAGGACGGAGGCGAGGAGAGGCCGGGAGGGCCCAUCCUCAACCAACAUGGGGUUCCGAGGUGCGUGGAAGCUCAAGCUGAAGAAGGGCAAGGACAAGGUGCGUAUCCUCAAGAAGAAGAAGGCCGGGAGCGGGAACGAAGCCGUGCAGGCUCGCCUGCAUGGUGUCCCAGGUGCGUGGUCUCAGUCGAAGAAGGCGGAGGCAGGGACGAGGCCGGCGCAAUAUGGGUUUCCAGGCGCGUGGUCUCAGCCCGAAGAAGGCGGAGGCGGGGACGAGGCGGGGACGAGGCCGGAGCGCUUAUCCUCGACCAACGUGGAGUCCCAGGUACGCGAUCUCGGCCCGAAGAAGGUGAAGGUGGGGUGCUUGAAGCCAGAAGAAGGCGAGCUUCAAGAGGAGGCGACAACAGGCUCGAAGGACUUACUCUCAGAAUACGUUCUCGGCGCGUGGUCUCAACCUGAAGAAGACGGAGGCGGCGACAAGGCCGGAGUGCCUAUCCUCAAGCAAUAUGGGGUCCCAGGUGCGCGGUCUCAACUUGAAGAGGAUGGAGGCGGGAACCAGGUGCGGAAGUUCAAGCUGAAGAAGACACAGGUGUGGAAGUUCAAGCUGAAGAAUACAGAGGCGUGGAAGCUCAAGCUGAAGAAGGGCAAGGACAAGGCGUGGAAGCUCAAGCUGAAGGAGACGGAGGCGUGGAAGCUCAAGCUGAAGAAGACAGAGGCGUGGAAGCUCAAGCUGAAGAAGGGCAAGAACAAGGCGUGGAAGCUCGAGCUGAAGAAGGGCAAGAACAAGGCGUGGAAGCUCAAGCCGAAGAAGACAGAGGCAAGGACCAGACCGGGCGUGAAGCUCAAGCGGAAGAAGACAGAGGCGUGGACGCUCAAGCGGAAGAAGACAGAGGCAAGGAGGAGGCCGGGCGUGGACGCUCAAGCGGAAGAAGACAGAGGCAAGGAGGAGGCGUGGACGCUCAAGCGGAAGAAGACAGAGGCAAGGAGGAGGCCGGGCGUGGACGCUCAAGCCGAAGAAGACGGGGGCAAGGACCAGGCGUGGAAGCUCAAGCGGAAGAAGACGGAGGCAAGGACGAGGCGAACACUGAAGGAGACGGAGUCGCCGAAGGCGAGCCAUGGAGAGUGCAAGGAAUAUGCCCGAUACUUGGGCAUCGACCCCGGAUACGAGGGAGAAGAGACACACAACGCGAUGUUGUGCCCGAGCCUCGGUGCAUGGUCUCAACCUGAGAAGAACACGGAGGCGGGGAUCAGGUGUGACGUCUCGCAGCCCGAAGAAACUGGAGGCGGGGACGAGGCGGGAACUACGGGGUCCCAAUCCGGAGAAGGCGAAGGCGGGGAAGAGGUGCGUGGGCUCAACCUGAAGAAAGCGGAGGGGACGAGGCCGGAGGGCUUAUCCUCAACCAAUAUGGGGUCCCAACCCGAAGAAGGCGAAGGCGGGGACGAGGCCGGUGUGAAGUCUCAUCCCGGAGAAGGAGGAGGCGGGGACGAGGCCAAAGCGAUUAUCCUCAACAAAUCUGGGGUCCGAGGUGUGAAGUCUCAUCCCGGAGAAGGAGGAGGCGGGGACGAGGCCAAAGCGAUUAUCCUCAACAAAUCUGGGGUCCGAGGUGUGAAGUCUCAUCCCGGAGAAGGAGGAGGCGGGGACGAGGCCAAAGCGCUUAUCCUCAACCAAUAUGGGGUCCUAGGUGCGUGUUCAGACAGCCCGAAGAAGGCGGAGGCAGGGUGCGUGGUCUCACAGCCCGAAGAAGGCGGAGGCGGGGACGAGGCCGGCGCGGACGAGGCCGGAGAGCUUGUCCUCAACCAAUAUGGGGUUUCAGGGAAAGCGGAGGCGGCGCAGCCGCGAAGAGGUGCAGCCGCCACGCUUAUCCUCAACCAGAAUGGGGGACAGGGGGAAGAGGCGCAGCCGCGAAGAGGUGCAGCCGCCACCCUUAUCCUCAACCAGAAUGGGGGCCAGGGGGAAGAGGCGAGAGGUGCAGCCGCCACGCUUAUCCUCAACCAGAAUGGGGGCCAGGGGGAAGAGGCGAAGACAGCCGCCACGCUUAUCCUCAACCAGAAUGGGGGCCAGGGGGAAGAGGCGCAGCCGCGAAUCCUCAACCAGAAUGGGGGCCAGGGGGAAGAGGCGCAGCCGCGAAGAGGUGCAGCCGCCACGCUUAUCCUCAACCAGAAUGGGGGCCAGGGGGAAGAGGCGCAGCCGCGAAGAGGUGCAGCCGCCACGCUUAUCCUCAACCAGAAUGGGGGCCAGGGGGAAGAGGCGCAGCCGCAAAGAGGUGCAGCCGCCACGCUUAUCCUCAACCAGAAUGUUAUCCUCAACCAGAAUAGGGGCCAGGGGGUGCAGCCGCCACGCUUAUCCGGUGCCAGGCGAAGAGGUGCAGCCGCCACGCUUAUCCUCAACCAGAAUGGGGGCCAGGGGGAAGAGGCGCAGCCGCGAAGAGGUGCAGCCGCCACGCUUAUCCUCAACCAGAAUGGGGGCCAGGGGGAAGAGGCGCAGCCGCGAAGAGGUGCAGCCGCCACGCUUAUCCUCAAGCAGCAUUGUGCGGAGGCGGGGACAAGGCGGGGACAAGCAACCAAUAUGGGGUCCCCGGUGCGUGGUGUCAACCUGAAGAAGACGGAGGUGCGUGGUCUCAACCUGAAGAAGACGGAGGCGCAUGCAGAAGUGGUGCUUAUCUUCAACCUGAAGAAAGACAGAGACGG